GGGGCAGAGGAGGAGGAGGAGAAAGUGAAAGGGGAGGAGUGGAGGAGAAAGCCCGGCCUGCAUGGUGAGGAAGAGGGAGAUGUGAUUGUGCGUGUACGCGACGAGAGAGGACACAAAGUGAUCACAAUCAAGGCGAAAGUCCGACCGCGGAGCGAGCGCACUUAAAAUCACGUGGGGCGUGUAUUAGUACGGGCGGAAAGUAAAAGUGGUGUCGGAGUGACUUGUACUUGUACUUUGUUUUCGUCCUCUCUUUGCCUUUCGACCCCCUCCGCCCUGCAUUCCGCGGAGCAGCUGUGUUUUAAUGCCCCUGCGCACCCGAGGUGGAGAGGAAGGAGAGAAGAGUGAGGAAGAAGAAGUAGUAAAAAGGCCUCGGCACCACCCGUCCUCGCCCUUUGGAGGUCUGGCCACUCUCCCCUCCUGGCCCUGCAUGGACGGGGAUGGGGAGAGCCGGAUGCUGUUGCCGCGGGGCUGAGCGCCUCGCCUCCCCGUCUCUGGUGCGCCGCUUCCGGCCGCUGCUGCUGCUGAUCAUCGCUCUCUGCUGCGGUGCUCACAUCGGUCAGGGCCAGGUGGCGGCCCCUCAGUGCCGUAUCCAGAAGUGCACAACCGACUUUGUCUCCCUGACCUCCCACCUGACGCCGGCUGUAGAUGGCUUUCACACAGAGUUUUGUAAGGCUUUACGUGCGUACUCGGCCUGCACCCAGAGGACAGCUAAGUCCUGCCGGGGGAAUCUGGUCUUCCACUCGGCUGUGCUGGGCAUCUCAGACCUCAUGAGCCAGAGGAAUUGCUCCAGAGAUGGGCCCACUUCCGCCACCCACCCUGAGGUCCAACAUGAGCCCUGCAACUACCACAGUCGCACCCAGCACGCCCACGCACACUCCCACAUGCAUGCACACACACACUCCCAUGCUCAAGGCCACGGCCACGACCAUGCACACUCUCGGCCAGUGUACCUGUUCUGCGGGCUGUUCGGGGACCCACACCUGAGGACGUUUAAGGACAGCUUCCAGACUUGCAAGGUGGAGGGGGCGUGGCCUCUCAUUGAUAAUGACUAUCUGUCAGUACAGGUCACAAAUGUUCCUGUGGUAACUGGCUCCAGUGCCACGGCAACCAAUAAGAUCACCAUCAUCUUCAAGCCCUAUGAGGGUUGUACAGAGCAGAGGGUCUACCAGGCCGUCACAGACGACCUCCCUGCUGCCUUUGAUGAUGGAACCGUGAGCAGCGGAGACCCCAUCCACGUUUCUGCCGGCACAGAAGGUGCAACUGGGAAGGUCCGGGCUCUGUGGAUCUCUGAGCGCAGCCCGGGGCGCCAUGUGGAGCUGCACGCUGGCUACAUUGGUGUCACUGUAAUUGUUCGCCAGCUUGGCCACUACCUGACUCUUGCAGUGCGGAUCCCAGAGGAGCUUUCACAGGCCUACGAUGCCACCCAGGACCUGCAGCUCUGCCUGAACGGCUGCCCCGGAGGAGAACGCAUCGACCAGGCAGGGCAUCUUCCACUGCCGCUGUCCCCUCCUGCGCUCGGCCUGCAGCUGCGGCGGCCCAGCUACUCCUCACAGACACAAGCAUCCCCCUACGGUACCACGCAGCUUUUCAGUGUGGAGGGGGCGAAGGAACGCUGCAGGGAGCAGCUGGAUGUGCAGGACAUUUACUUCCACUCCUGUGUGUUUGAUCUCCUUACCACCGGGGAUGCUAACUUCACAGUGGCGGCGUACAGCGCCCAGAAGGACAUGGAGAGUCUCCACCCACACAGGGAUAGAUGGAGGAUCUACCCCCGCGGCUCUGCCACCUCCACCUUACACUCGGAUUCUCCACCUAUCAAACGGCUGGCUCUGCUCCUGCUGUGUGCUCUGAGCGUGGCAUCGAUGUAAGCGUUGGAGUGAGAGGUUUGUGUAUGUAUGUGCACUAGACAGAGGAUUUGGGGAGUUUUGUUGAGCACUGAUGCUUAGCUCUGUUUGCUCUCUCAUGUGAAGAGGAAAAUGCAGGUCGGACAGCUACUGGGAACUAGUGUGAUUGGCACAAGAGAUACUAGCAACACUAACUGCGUCUUACCUGGCAGAAUCAGCCCUCUGGGAAAUAACACAGGAGUUGUGAUGAUGGCUCUCGCAAUCUGUCUUCAUCUUUAGAUAAGACAUGUGACAAUGACACAACUGUACCUGUGAGGGUGAAUGGAGUGUGUGGAAAUACACUUCAAACUGUAAAUAGCUUGUCUUCAGUGCACAGUGUAAUGCCGUAGAGUUUUUUUGUUUUGUGCCAUUUGAUGUGAUUUCUUUUUAAUACCUCAGACAGAGGAUGUUUGUUUUAACAGAAGCACUUUAUUUCGUUUUUUUUUAUUUUUUUUAGCAAAUCCACAUCAGUGUUUCUCACUAACUGUCCUCCACCAAAAUCUCCAAUGGCUCAAGUUUUGGAGACCAUCAAUAAUUAGAUUUUUGAACCUUUCAAUGUUUGUUGAAUACUAGGAGCUGUCAUUUUUGUUUAAAUCUUCCAGUAGCUGAUUUAACUCAGCCUCUCAUCUUUUAAGUCAGUUAAUGUGAAGUGUUCUCUUUUGAAUGUUUUAUAAAUAUUGUCACAGCAAAUGCCAUCAGUACUAUUGUGUUGCUGUAAGAAUUUGUUCUUUUUACUCAGUCCUGAUUUCAAAUAUGUUUGCGUGCGUGCCUGGCCAUGUUUUUUAAAACCAGUUUGUGACAUACUUGGAUGUGUUUUAUUUCCUCUGAAAAUCAUGUCAGAGGAAUUCCCACCUUUUUGGCCAAGAGGCUGCGAUGUGACCGGCUCAUGUAUGUUGCUCUCUGUAUUCUUUGUUGUGUUAAUUUGAGCCAAAGACGUAUGGUUUUGUAUGUACAAAGAAGAUCAAAACUCACCACCAAACCAGCACCCUUCUCCUCCUCCUCACACUCUCUAAUUGUUUAAAAGUUGUGACUGUAGACUGUUUUACUCUUACUACCAGAAUCGAUGAGCUGCUCCUUACUGGUAUAGUAAGAGUAGUAAGUUAGAGUGAAGACAAAACACUGCAAAUCAUUGAGAUCUUUACCACACCGCCUGCUGAGAUAUGUGUGCUUUAGCAGUAUGUUGUGGGACUACGAGUCUUUUCAACAUGCACCAUUCUGUAUAAUUAUGCCCCAUUUGGUUGACCAUAAUCAGCUUCAUCUCAGUUUUUGGCAAUUUGAUCUCUUGCAUCAUGUGUGAGUGCGAGUUUGGUGAAGAGUGACUGGUCAAUGUUGAAAUACUUAACUUAUUUAUGAACGUAGUGUCCUGUAGAGGAAGUUAAGCUCCAUAUUCUUGCUGUUGGAUAAUAAUUAAAAAGAAUCUCAGAUGUGAUUGUACUGCCA